AUCCUUUAUGCCGUAUUCGUCUGCAUAGUACACCUUCGUACUUGUAACGGACAAAAUUAUUUCUUUGAGGAAAUCAAAGAGGUGAAUAAUAACCUUGAGGUGGAACCAAAAACGACAGGGGGCCUGGAUUACAGAGGCCACGACGAGCCACACAUAACUUUCGAGAACGCAACUCUUCAACAGAAAGAUGAGCAUCAUGAAUCUGUCAUGGAAAAGAUCAAAUUUCCAGAGAUUUAUCACGCGCAGGGGAUCAUAUCAUUACCUUACGAUGGUAUCAUUGAACCGUUUGAAACAUGGUAUGCUGGAAAACACAGAAUGAGUCGAAUUGACUACUAUUACGGUAAUCCACAGUGUGUUCUUACAAUGUUUGUGUCAUUGCAGCUGGUAAUGCAUUGUCUACCUGCUUUCCUUAUUUACUUAUGUUGUUUCACGGCUUAUAGCAGAAAACCCCAAAAAAGCUACUGGGAAAAAUCUUAUUGUUUUAUAAUGCAAGGUCAACGCAGUUCUAUAUAAAGAGGAAACGAAUUGAAAGGGGAGAAAAAAAGGGCCGUUUCGAAGUAGAAGAGUUUAUGAAUGGUUAGAAUAAUUAAAAAGGAAAAGGAAAGUUAGGUGGUGCAGAUAAUAACAAGUCGAUAUCUCAAAACCUCAGGCCGUAAACAAAAGGUGGGGAUGGUGGGGUAUGUUUCAGCCUUUUAAUUAAAGCCUUGAUUCUUAGACAGUUUAUGACACUCUCUCUAUCUAAGAAUCAUUGGUACCCCAUUUCAGCCUUCCAUAAUGACUCGCCCUAACAUGGCGUGUAGUAAGAGAAACUCGGAUUAAGCCACGCAAAUUUAGGAGAAAAAUAUAUUUUUCAAAUCGGCACUGUUAAUCGCUAUGGAAUUAACGAACGCUUUUCGUUCAACUAAUUUAAUCUUGUUGUCAUAUUACUCCUUGUUCCUGACAAUAUCACUGCUCCAGCAUUCGAUAUACGGACAAUCUGUUCAUUUGCGCACACUGACGAACGCCCAGCGAUCAACACAUCACUGAGUUUUUGCUAUCUUUACACGGGCAAAUUGACCUCAUCAACUUAGUUGAUUAAACUAAAAUUAAAGUCUUAUAAUAUAGGGUCCUAGUCUGAUCCUCUAUCGGUUGAUAAUACUCCCUCCAUCUUAAAAUCAGACUGUUAAAGCAUGCUUAACGCUAAAUCUACAGACUUACCACGAUAUACUUAGUUCUAGGUUAUUGGUAAUUUCGCGUUGCUACCGUUAUUAUCUUCUGACCUAUAUAAAUAGUUGCUGCUAAACAGGUUUUGAAAAUUUUUCCAAUCGCUAGCUUGAUCACUAUAGAGACUGCAUUUUGUAGACCGAGUUGCAUAUGGUAGAUCGAAAUUUCCUAUGAUCGUACGUAGUCUCCUACGUCACGCCGCGCCACACCAAGCUACACCCCACAAACAUCCAGCCGUUUGUGAGGAGGAGCGUUAAGUGACGACACAAGGAGACUACUUACUCUCUAUUGCUGUUCGUGCUGACUCUGAAAAUUGAGUACCAACUUGGCCCAAAAUUGUGCGUUGUAGCUGCUUUAGACAAAGCUUUCUUAAAAUGUUGGAGUUUCGUUCUGUAGGUAUGGACAAGACCAUUCAAAGAGGGGACCUUAAACCAUACGGGGCUCUUAUAAAGUUUGUGCCUGCUCAUUGGGGUAAAGGAAAGGACUUGGACAGAAACACACGGAGCUGUUGGUAUAGGCCUGGAUUCCGAUGGUCCCCAGAAAAGGCGCAGAGUAUUGUGCCCCAAAACUUGAAAGGAUUCAAGGUAAACUUUUAGACCUGAAACGCGUGGCAGCGGUGCUGAUAGGUGAUUCAGCAAGUGUUGCCUCCCGAGACAUGUGGUCAAGGACAGUUAUAUUACUCUCUCUGCAUGACCGCGUUAUACUAGGCAACGCUCGCUGAAACGUUUUACCAACGCAAGAUGAAUUUCAGCUGAUACUACAGUGUAGAACAGUGCCUUUAAAAUGAUAAGUCCAAUAAUUCUGAUGCACAAAUACCAAAUCCAUCACUCUAAAUGUUCGGCAUAUUUUUUUGUCUAGUAUCUUGGUGAAGAGUAUCACAGUGGAAUGCCUGUUCACAAGUUACAGCGGACAGCGACUGUGUUCAAGAAGAAGAACACUUACACACUUUACGUCACGAGGGAGAAGCCUUACAGACCUGUACGUUACAUCAUGCACGGAUAUGAUACCCUGUUACACUCGUUUUACGAUCAUUACAUCGUGGACUACUUGUCAUUCCGUGAAUGGGAGUUUGAUUUUGAUGUUAUGAAAAUACCAAAAGGUACGAAAGAAGUAAAACUGCUAAAGAAUCAUUGUUCUUAUUCGAAGGGGACAGAAUGCAACUUUUUGUUGAUGGAAAUAUCUGUAACUGUAUGACGUGACUGUUCAUCAGUAGCUAUAGGAUGCCUAACGUGCAUGUAUUAAUCACUUAACAUCAUGUGAAAAUGUCAGGAAAAGUGAUCCUUUUCGCAAAAGCCCCACCUAUUCAAACGUCUUUUUUGGCAAUCAUAAGCCUAUCUAUAUCUAGCAUAUGCCAGUGUGUAGAGUGGUCUCUAUAAUAAAUCAAUCCCGUUUGGAUCAGUACCAUGCUAAAGAGAGGUGACCGCCAUAUAGAGGUACUCCAUUAGAAGAGAGUUGAUGGUAGUCAAGAUUGCUCUCACUCUACCAAGAUAGUACUUUGAAUUCUCAUCAUUCUAGACGUGAAGCUAUCUUAGUUAUUAGAAAUAAUUUACAGAGGUAUUCUGUUGGGUUUUGGAAAUAAUUCCAAGACUGCUUUGGCUUAAUGUCAUCUUGUUGUGUGAUUGGUUACAAAUUUGUGAAACCAUUUUAUUUACCGGGCAGCUUCAAAAAUAGAUUGGACAAACUUUUAUGGCCAAACUCAAUUUUAUAUUACUUUAAAAAGGAAUGUGUACCAAAAAUGCAAUUGAUACCAAGUCAAAUUUGCAACAAUUGCAUAGAUUUUUCACUGUCUCUUCAAUGAAAAUCAAAAAGAUAGUACUUUGAAUUCUCAUCAUUCUAGAGGUGAAGCUAUCUUAGUUAUUAGAAAUAAUUUACAGAGGUAUGUAUUUUGUUGGGUUUUGGAAAUAAUUCCAAGACUGCUUUGGUUCAAUAUCAUCUUGCUUUGUGAUUGGUUACAAUUUGGUGGAACCAUUUUAUUUACCGGGCGGCUUCAAAAAUAGAUUGGACAAACUUUUAUGGCCAAUCUCAAUUUUAUAUUGUUUUAAAAAGGAAUGUGUACCAAAAAUGCAAUUGAUACCAAGUUCAAAUUUGCAACAAUUGCAUAGAUAUUUCAUUGUCUCUUCAAGGAAAAUCUAGCUGCCUGAAAGAGCUUGAUAAGAUGAAGUCUAGGUACCACUUUAAUCCAAUGGGAGAGUUUAUGCAUGAAAACUUUGAGGAUGUUGAAGUGGAUGAAAUGUUCGACGAAUUCAAGAAGCGUCACAGUAAAUCUUAUCAAGAUCCAGCCGAGCACGAACAGCGAAAACACAUAUUUCGUCAUAACAUGAGGUAAGGGGAAUCUGCACCUGUAAUGAUCAUGAUAAAAUGCUUUGUAUGAAAAAUCCUUCAACGGAGAAAUAGACUGGUCUUAAGUAACCAACGACGCGAAAGAGUAAUUUUACAUUGUCUUAAAAACGCAUGAACUUUAAUUGUAUGCCUUUUUUCAUCGCGAAGAGAGGUUUAUAAAUUUGUCGCGCGUUGAUCGCUUAGCGAUUUGAAAUUUCGCGCUAUUAAACAUUGAUAUUCGCGAGGUUUCGCAAAAUUCUUAUUACUGGAAAAUCAUAGAAGAACAUUUCCCAGCCGGCUUUACUGUGAAGACUGUUGUCGCCAGCUCAAAUAGGUUUGCCAUGGUGGGGCAGGUAUUUUGUUGGGGUUGACCUUUUCGGCUAAGGGAUCAAGAAUGUCCUUGUAAAGAGCAAAGUGAUGGUCUACUUAAUAAUGGCUAUUGACAGAUCAAUGAAUGCGAAAAACGAGUUAAAAACGCAACAACGUAACGGGAAAAGAUUUUCCACAGCUAAACGGAGAUAAUUUUUUAACCUUCCAGAUUUAUAAACUCGAAAAAUAGAGCAGCACUCAAUUUCACGCUGAAGCCGAAUGAGCUCAGUGACGUCACCGACGACGAGUUUGAACUGUACAAAGGCUUACUAAUUGACCCCAGUGGAGGAGACGAGGCGCUCAAGAAACAAGAAAUACCUCAAGCUCGAUUCAAAAUACCUCGGUCUGCUCUCCCUGAUUCCUUGGAUUGGCGUGAAUAUGGUGGGUUUCAAACCAGGAAUAAUUGUCAAGUGACUUAACAAUUGUUCCUUCUAGUGCCUGCGUUGCCGGAUACAAAGUGCCAACGAGGCGUGAAGCACCGCGGAGAGCUAUAACCAAUCGCUAUUGUGCAGGUUCUAUUCCAGCUGUCAAUCGGCCCGAAUUCGCCCUCAUUUGGCACAUGAGUUCCCAACUCAUGAAUUAUUCAUACAGCCAACAGCCAAUAAAUGACGGCCCCGUGCUGUCAUCUGUUUCUAGGUGUUUGGAAACCGUGUCGAGGCACUCGUCCUCGUUUUUUUUUUUUUUUUUUUUACAUAUUACGUCAAACGUUGGUAUAAUGGCCUGUAACCGAGAUCCUGGGAACCAAAUGAGAACUGAGCUAAAACUGCAUCAUCCAAAGUUGCGAUUUUUGAAAUAACAUUAUUUCGUCUCGCCUUUCACUGUUUUGCGCCGCUCCCUGUGCACUUUCUGAACGCCUGAAACAGGCCAACAUUGGCACGGUUUCAUCCUACUGGCAUCUUUGCUAUGAAUUCUUAGCAACAUUAAUGAGCCGUAUAUUAUUAAAACUGAUGAAAGUUCAAUGUUUCGAAGGUAGAGUGCACUGGUGCUACGUUGUCAAAUUACACGACUGUGCAUUCCUAUUUUAGGUGUCGUUACUCCAUCUAAAGCUCAGGGACUUUGUGGAUCUUGUUGGACAUUUUCUUCUACUGGACCAAUAGAGGGAGCCUACGCUAUUCAGGUCACUAAAGUAUACUUAGUUUAAACUUUAGCUAACUUUAAAACCUUAAUUAUAUUAUUAAUUAGGAAGACUCUACAUAUUCCUCCAUGAAUCGUCUAGGAACGCCGCAAUGCAUGGGAAGGGGGAAUUGCAGAAGGAAGCCAAAUUUCAAUCUCGAUCUCAGACGUCCUCUAACCAAAACAAUAUUUUUUUCAAAAUAAAUAAUUUGCAGAAACACCUAACAGCACCUCCAUACACCCACCCAUAGGACUGAAUUCAACUUUAUCUAAAUCAAUUAAUGCAUGUCUUGGUCUGCUCGGAAGGUACGCUUCUUUGACUAUCACACACUUCUAUCAAAAACCAUUGAUGCCUGUCCUCGGCACAAACUUUAAUUUGUAAUUAACUUGAGCUGUAAUAUAAAUGAAGAAUAAAUGAACUGAAAUGAGCUGAUCGGUGCAGCCAUACUGAACCGCCAUUCCUUGCCUGUCGAUGAUUUCAAGGCAGCCAAGUCGCUGGUCUAAAACAAUACAAUUUCCAACACAAAAGAUUUUCCCAACAACAACAAAAUUGAUACAAAAGCUACAAUAGUAAGAGAUUAUUAUCGAGUUUGCGUGUGAUCAAUCACUGGCUUACGUAUAUAGCUGAUCCAGUAAAGGAUGCUUUGGGCAAUGGGAAUUGGGCAUUUGGGCAUACUAAAAUGACUGCUAUUGUUUGCUUCAGUGACCACCAAACAUAGCUUUCCAGUGCCAGAUUCCCAAUGCCCAAAGCGACCUUUUUUGAAUCACCAUUAUGAUGGUUCCUCUUUAGACAGGGAAACUGAUAGACAUUUCAGAGCAACAGCUGAUGGACUGUAGCUGGGGAUUUGGUAACAGUGGCUGUCGAGGCGGCUUCUCUUGGAGGGCACUGGUGUGGGCUAAGAAACACGGAGUGGCGUCCAGUAAAAGUUAUGGAAGAUAUCUUGCUCAGGUCUGAUAAUAGAACAUGAUAACAACGUAACGUUGAAAUUUUGAAGUUAUCCAGCACCAUUUAACAAGGUGUUCAAUAAGAUGAUUCAAUUGAACAUGAUGCAUCAACGCGAACUAACAAUGUUGGAACAUCUGCUGGAACAUCUGUUCAGUUUGAACGGAAUGUUUAGUUUGUUUAGACAAACGAUACGGGAUAUGCCGCAUGCAAACUGCAAUCCCAUCCCAGAAACUCUGUGUUCCCCGAGGCGAAGCAGCUUUUCGGCCAAGGCUGCGAUAAUAAUUAUUUGCUUGACUCUACUGGUACAUGGCUUUCCCGGGUUUCAAGGUACAAAACCUGAUUUGUUAUGAGUCUGUCCCCCUAGGGCCAUGGUUUUGACACAUGGCAAGUGACGCGUUCUCAUCAAAUAGCAUCGUGCCAUUGAAUCAAAAUGCAGGAAAAUAUAUAGAGGGCUGAUAGAGCACUCUGAGGAGAAUAGGUACAACUCCGAAACGGCCUCGAAAUGGCUCCAGAAGCUAAAAUCAUUAACAGACACAACUAAGGCAUGGCUCCUCGCUCUAGUAUUUUGGUCUUCUUUCAUUUUUUUCUUUUUUUGUCUGCCAUCUCUUUUCAUUUCAUUAUUUAAACACAUAUGCUUAAGAUUGGAACCAUUUUUGGAGCUCACACUGUGCCACUUAAGGUCACGUGAACAGCCACGCCUAUAAUUAUGCAAAAUUAAAUAUUUUCAGAUUACGCCAUGAAAAUGACUGUUGAAGCUUCCGUUUAUUUUUCCAUGGUGUUAAGUUUAAAGUCAAAUGAGUCAAAUUAAACGGUGAAUUGCAAAAUAUUUUAUUCCUAUGUAAUUAUCAAAUGUUUUCUCCUCGACUCAGUCCCACUCCCACGUUAUAGUUCACUCAAAACAAAUAAUUUCGAAAAACCCCGAUUAAUUCCAUAAACCUUGUGUUAAUAGUCAUUGAAAAUAACCAAAAUAAAUCACAACUAGUAUCUGUAAAAUGUUGUAAAAUUGGACCCAACUAAAUGGCAAAAAAUGGGCGUGACAAGUCACGUGACUAAGUUAGCUUAUUAGUGACAACGGAUAAGAACAUUUUUAAAAAGUAUUUACCGCAUGCAAAGUUUCAAGUCGAAAAGUUAAAUCUCUUUUAAACUAGACCACCCCCUCACAAAUUUCUAGAGACCUAUUCCUUAAAUCACCCGAGUCUGGAGUUCAAUUUUAAAUAUGGAUUCAUGACAGAGUAUCACAUUUUAAAUAUACAUGAUUUAUCACACGCAGGAGGGAUACUGCCAUUGUGGACAAGAAGACGGCUGUGACGUCGUAAAAUUCAGUCGUUUGGUGACCGUGAAGAAAAAUGAUGAGCAGGCACUGAAGCAAGGCCUGGCAAAAUUUGGUCCAGCAUCCAUUUCCAUCAAUGUUGGUAGGAAGUCUCUGAAGUUUUACAGCUCUGGCGUUUACGAUGAUACAGAAUGUAGUAAGUACAUGUAACAAUUGUAAAUCACGUGCAUUACACUUUUUCUGUACAUUUCUUUGCCGUCAUUGAACGACCAAAGCGUCAAAAUGCCUAAUUUCACGUUUUGUGGAGAACGAGAACACAAGACAAGGACUUUCUUUCUCUUUACCUGAUCUUCGAUACAUCGUCUUCUAGAAUUCAACUCCAGAGAAAAAAAUAAUAAGCGCGCUUAAGUUUGAAGCAGUGUUAAUUUAUUUUUAAGUGACGUUUUCGUAGCCGUCGCCGUCCGAUAGUAGGGACCUUACGAAACUACGACGGCGACGGCAUCGGCCACCACAAAAAAGCAAUACGUUUAAUGAGCAAUGCAAAACAACAACUUUGCACGCGUAUCACAAUUUUUGGUCAAUUUCUUUGCCGUCCCUACAAAACUACUACGUGAAAUGGCCAAAUUUUAAGUUUACCUAAGAACGGUAGCGGCAAGGCGAUAAAUUCUACCAUCUCUGUCUGAACUCGGGCGCGGGUCUCCUCUCUUCACUUCCCACCUAAAUUCCCUCUUUUAAGUAAAAGGGCGACUUGGGAUAAUCGCGAAAUUGUUUCAAAGGAUGCGAAGUCUAUUUUUCGGCCACGUUUUCAUGGACAUCGCCGUUUUCGGAUCGUAAGUUGCAUAGCUAUGGCAUGGCCAAGUACAACCUCAAGCUCUAUGUGUUAAUUAUGUUGAACUCAAGUUAAAUCCAUUUAUGAUGUCUACGUACGAAAGUGAAAUUUUUGAUGGUUGUCUUUUCCACUCGACUUGCUUAAAGAGGAAAUGACGAAAAUUCCCUUGCUGAUACGGGACGAAACAAUCUUUUAAGUCAGAAGCUUUUUCUCUGAGUGAUUCUAAACAAAAACAUGCUUCCUCAAAAGAGCUGGAGUUUUUUUUUUAUGUGCUACCUCUAGCGCCUCUCUUCUAUCCUGUUUUCAAUACAAUUCCGAUUUGUUCGGAGCCUCUUUAUUAAAACGAAGACCUGGAGCACAACUGUUCAUUUGAAAAUAUAUUCAAUUUGUGGUGAAUGAUAACGACCACAAGACCUCACUUUGAAAAAGCAGCUUAAAAUAACUGAUUCGGUACAACGCUUGUGCAAAGUAACAGUAAGUGAGUUUUGUUUCUCUCCUCCAGGCCCACAAACAAAUCAUGGAGUUGUUGUGGUUGGAUUUGGCGAAGAAAAUGGCACUCCGUAUUGGAUAGUAAAGAACUCUUGGGGAAAAUUCUGGGGCGAAGAAGGUUUUGUGAAAAUUGCAAGAAAGGACAACUUGUGCGGAGUACUAUCGAAUGAACCUAUUUUUGUUUCUUUGAACGCUACGGAAAUUGAUGACGCGAGUGAGGAUUAUCCUUUCAGGAGAAUGACGAAACAGAGCUUCGUUGAUGUUGAAAGAAGACUUAACGUAACAAACCUUAAGCUUUCGCCAUUUGACUACAAGAGGUCGAAAAUUCGAUUUGAUGAGCUCAACAAAAGAACACCUAUAAGCCCGCGUUAG